GAUAUUCAUCGCACUUUAUAAUCGAACUAUCUUCGUGUAAAUAGGCCUAACAUAAACAAUUGCAAUUGCGCGGAUUCUUAUUUAAAUGUUUACUUGUUUAUUUGAAACAAAUAACAAUUUAACUACCUUGUUAAGUUAAGUUUCGCCAUGGCGGGACACAAUGAUUUAAGCCCCAAGAAGCUGGUUGGCCGCAUUCAGUCGGUUUACUGUAAGGACUUCGUCUCCUACAGCGAGAUAACAUUCCACCCGAAGCAUUAUCUAAACGUUCUGACCGGUCCAAAUGGUAGUGGCAAGUCCACCAUCGUCUCGGCCAUCAUUCUCGGCCUUGGAGGCGAACCGAUUCUUUUGGACCGAUCCUCGAGCGUUGCGGAUUACAUCCAAAGCAACAAAACCUCUGCAACAAUCGUUGUAAGAGUUUACGGUAGGACAGCCAAGACUACAGAAGCUUUCCGGAGGAUUAUCAACUCAAAUGGAUCUUCCAUUUACUCGGUAAACGGCGAAAACACGACCAAGAAGAACUUCUUGGCCACCGUAGCCUCUUACAACAUACAAGUCAGCAAUUUGUGCCAGUUUUUGCCACAAGACCGUGUUCAGGACUUUUCGAAAAUGAAUCCCCAAGAACUGCUGCUUAACACCAUGUCUUCUGUGUGCGAUGACGAACUCACCAAAAGUUUUAAUUUAUUAAAACAGAUGCGCACAAAGCACGCGAACGUCAAUACGGAUCGCGAAAAGGAGAAACAUGAUCUUCAGAAAAAGCAGAAACGUUUGGAACAGAUGCAACAGUCUGUGGAGCAGUAUAAGGAGCGUCAGGAAAUCCAGGAAAAGCUUAAGAUAUUUAGUGUCAAGAAGUUGUGGAUGGAGGCACAGCUUGGAGAAGAAAAGGCCGAGAAUUGUAAAGAAUCCGUUAAACAGGCCAAAACUAUCAGCGACGAGUUGAAGGUGCAAUACGAUUCCAAAGUUCGAUCUCAGGAGCAAAUUCAGAGUAAAAAGAUUGAGCUUAAGGAAGAUGUCCUUGAAAAGACUCGCCAAUUGAAUAAAGCUCAGGCGCAAAAGAAUGAUUUUGAAAGUGAACUGGAUUCCAUAAAGCAAAGAAUCCGUGAAAGUCAAGUCGUACUUCAGCAAAAUAUACAAAGAUCAGUAAGAAGUGCCGGGGAGGCCGACAAAUUACAACAGUUAGUGGACAAUAAAAAAAUGGAGCUAGAAAACUUUAAUUCAAACAAAGCUUCAGUUAUGGCCGAACUUGAGACUAUUAAGGAAUCAUUGUCUUCGUCUCGAGCUCAAGCUAUGAAACAGUAUUCUAAGCGAAAAGAACUCGAAACCAAACUGAACGAUGAGAAAAUUCCGGAAAUCACAGCAUACAAACAUAGGAUGGACAGACUGCAGAAUGUAAAAACACAAAAACUUGAAGAGAUCAGUUUGAGAAAUCCAAAUCUAGCAAAGGCCAUGAACUGGUUAGCGCAAAAUAAGCAAAGGUAUAAAGGCAAUGUCUACGAUCCCAUGAUAUUUGAGCUUUCCAUGCAAAAUAUUGAUGCUGCCAAGUAUCUUGAAAAUGUUGUCAAGCAGCGAGAUUUGAUGGCCUUUUCUUGUGAAGAUAAGGAGGAUAUGUCCGACAUGAUUAAUGAGCUUUGUGUAAAGCAGAAAUUGGGUGUUAAUAUUAUAUAUUGUGCUCCAUCCAAUCGAUGCAUGUAUACCCCAACUAUUCCUAAAAGUGAGCUGCGCUCAUUGGGUUUCCAUGCCUAUCUUGUGGAACUUGUUAAUGGACCUUUUCCUAUUAUAAACAAAUUGUGCGCGUCCUAUGCAAUUCAUAACAUUCCCAUCGGCUCGGAUGCUGUUAGCAAUCACACAUCGUCUAUUCCGAAGGAUAUUCGUGUCUACUUCGGGGGUGAUAAACGUUUUGUAGUUACUGCAUCUCGGUAUCGCUCAGAUUCUAUACUAACAGAGAGCACAAUCCGGGGAAAGAAUCAACUUAUCGCAGUAGAUGCCCAACAAUUGGCAGCGGUGCGAAAAAUGCAUUCUGAUGCCUUGAAGGAAUGUGACAAACUUAAGAAUGCCAUAACUAUGACCGAUAAUGAGUUCGAGCGCAUUCAAAUAAUUGCAAAGGAGGAACAAGAGAAAAAAAAGAAAUUAGAACAAAAGGUUUCGUAUUUUAAUAAUCUUAAAAACGAAGUUGAUACACUUAUAAAUAAGCUGAAUACUCUCAGGAAAACUGACGCGUUGGACGCCAUUAAAAGUAAACAUUAUAGUGAUUUGCUUAAGGAGAUGAACAAAUUCGCAGAAGUUGAAGCUAAAUUUGUGAAUAGUUUUGAAGCUCUAAGUAGUUGUACGAUUGAAAAAAAUGAGGCACAAGCAGUAUUGUCUAUAUAUACGGUGGAAAAUGAGAGCCAAGGAGAAGCACUCAGGGAACUUGAGCAGCAGACUCAUGAGGCCACCAAUAAGUACAAGAAGUUGUUGGACAACCUGCAGCGUCAAAUGGAAGCUGUUAAUGGAAGGAAAACUGAAAUACAGCGAAACUGUAACGGCGAGCUCCCAACUAGCUCGAAAUUUCCUUAUAAAAAGGAAUUUCAAGAUAUGAAUGCAUUGGAUUUGGACCAAGUUCGUGAAUCCAUUCACGAUUUUCAGGCCAGACUGGAAUGCAUGAAAAACGUUAAUUCUGGAGCACUCGACGCCUAUCAUGAGCUAGAAAACGAUCUUAGAAAUCUUCAAGACCGUAUUAAGAAAUCGUCAAAUGAGGAAAAGACAAUCGAAUCUGAAAUGUCGAGUCUAUACGAUAAAUGGGAACCUAAGUUAAAUGGUCUCGUGGAAACGAUCAGCGCCAAGUUUAGCGAAUUUAUGGAAUCUAUAGAAUACGUUGGUGAAGUUGUGUUAUCUAAGGCAGACAAAUACGACUUUGACUCAUACGGAAUCCAGAUAAUGGUCCAGUUUAGAAAAGGUGCCCAACUACAACCGUUGGAUAAAUUCAUUCAAUCAGGUGGCGAACGGGCGGUGUCCAUUGCAAUAUACUCCUUAUCGUUGCAACAUGUUACUCAUGUGCCUUUCAGAUGUGUUGAUGAAAUAAACCAAGGUAUGGAUGCUAAAAAUGAGCGUCACAUAUUUGAUUUACUUCUCAGAGAAGCUACUAAGCAUGGAUCAGCUCAGUAUUUGUUUGUAACUCCAAAGUUGCUACGAGAUCUAAACUACAAUGAACAUUUGUGUGUUUCCAUUGUUCACAACUCAAAAACAGUGUUAAAUGGUACAACAUUCCCUCAGAUUUAAUACGUUUUCCGGAAAGUAACAACUUUUUACGAGAGUUUGUUGUCUCUUUAUGUUAACGUUUGUCUAACUGAUAAAAAAAAGUACAGUUAUUUGUUUAAAAACUUUUGUUUGUAUUUUUAAUAAACUUUCAGAGAAAAAUAUUCAAUAAAAAAAUGAACACAUA